CAGCCUUCACUAAAUAGUCAGAAUUCUGGUCGAGCCUUUAACGGGUCGUUCCGAGUGGCCUUCCCUCCAAUGCCCAGCUGUAGUGAGGUUCCCUGAACCAUGAAGAAAAUUAUUGGUAUCGUCGUCUUCCUGACUUGCAUUGGUUUGAGCCAUGCUGUUACCUGUUAUGUCUGCAGCGGCACUGGUCAGUGUGCCGACCCUUUUGAUCCGUCGGCCCCUGGUAUCAUUGCUUACGAGUGCAGUUAUGGAUACAUAUGUGCGAAAAUUUCAGUUGUUGGGCCAGGUCAACUGGACCAGGGCGUAACCAGGGGAUGCGCCUCAAGAGGCACUUGUGAAAAGGGCGGCAUAGUCGAUGAUUGCAUCAAAGAGUAUUAUGGUAAUCAAAGAGCAGUCGGUUGUUGCUGCACUACUUCUCUGUGUAACGCUGCAAUCGCUAAUGAGGUCAACCUCGUUACCAUUGUCGCCAUGUUGGUGGUCACUGGCUGGUUUGUUUAG